AUGAAACAGAUAGGGGUGCCCUUAAAGCAAGAAAAGACUGUGCCUCCUACGACUGUUUUAACAUUUCUUGGACUGGAAUUUGAUACCAACAUGAUGGAGAUCCGACUACCCAUUGAUAAGUUGCAAAAAUUGCGGGCACAGAUUUCACUAUACAAACAAAGAAAAAAGAUAACUCUCUAUGAGCUUCAAUCCUUAGUUGGACUCCUUAAUUUUGCUUGUGCGGUAGUACAGCCAAGAUGCACUUUUCUUCGCCGAUUAAUUGACCUAACUAAAGGAUUACGUAAACCACGCCAAAGAUGUCGACUAAACAAGGAAGCUAAAGCUGAUUUAGAGGCGUGGUCACUUUUCCUUCAGAACUUCAAUGGAAAAUCCUCGUUUUUAGAGGAUGCAUGGCAAACUUCUGUUACGUUACAACUGUACACAGAUGCCAGUGGCUUAGGGUUCGGUGGUGUAUUUGGAAACAGAUGGUUUUAA